ACCGAGUAGGAGUAUAACUUGGCGAUGGAGAUAUGCCCCAACAACUUAUCGAGCUAGCUUUGACGCGGAGGUCGAUCCGCAAAUAUCGACCUAGUGGCCUAGCUAGGUUACCAACUGCUCGACACCCAUCUAUACGUCCACAAGUCUACCUCAUUCCACUCGAUAACCAUCCUCUGAACGUUCGUACAGCUAGUUGACGACACGGAAUUUCCAAUAUGCUACAAACAGCAGCUUUGCCGACGGGACAUGCAGACCUGGUAACCGAUGUCGCUUAUGACUUUUACGGAGAGCGGAUCGCCACGGGCUCAGCGGAUCAGAAGAUCAAGGUCUGGCGAAAGGACAGUAAAGGUAGCGGCUGGGAACUAGAAGCAGAAUGGAAGGCCCACGACGCACCCAUCCUCCGUCUGACUUGGUCUCACCCGGAGUUCGGCAACCUCUUAGCAUCGUGUUCAUAUGACCGUACCGUACGGAUCUGGGAAGAAGUUGGGCCUGCUGGUGGUGCAAGUAUGGUCAACGGAAACUCUGGGGGUCAGAGGAGAUGGGCCGAGAGGGCCUUGUUAAACGAAGCUAGGGGAAGCGUUAGAGGGGUAGAAUUUGGGCCGAACGCUUUUGGGUUGAAAUUGGCCUCCAUCUCGACCGACGCUACCUUGAGGAUCUAUACCUCCAUCUCCCCGACCUUGACGGAAUGGCAGCUCACCAACUCCAUCUCCGUGCCAUCCCUCAUAAACACCUCCUCUUCUGCCAACCCUACCGACGGAGAUUCUGGGAUUUCCGGUAUCGCAGGUCAAUCGUCACAGAACUCCUCUACCAACUCGAAUUCGGGCUCGGUUGCAGGUGGGAGCGGGUUUCAGCAGUCUUCAGGGACCGGACCAGGGGCGGGGUUGAUCAAUCCUGGGAAGGGAAACGAGGCCUUGGGUGGAUGGACGGUCAGUUGGUGCAAGGAAAAGUGGUGGGGAUCGGUCUUGGCCGUUUCGAGCGGUCAUAGUGGGAUCAUCAAGAUCGUCUCGCUUUCAUCUUCCCCACCAUCGGCUCUCCUCAUCCUCCCACCUCCCUCGAAUAACACAUCUCACCCUCAACAGCCCACCCAAAAACAUAAUUCGCUCGGCGCACAGGCUAUCACUUCGUUAUCCUGGGCCGCCUCUUGCGGAAGAAGUUAUCACCUGAUCGCCAGUGGGCAUCGGGAUGGGACCGUCAGGGUCUGGAAGAUCAAACCGGCCGACGGGGCUGGAUCGGGAGGGAAUGCUUCGUGGAGCGCUUCGGUUAUGGGCGAGUGGGGUCUGGGGGAAGCGACGAUCGGCAGGGUCGAGUGGAACACCACCGGGUCGAUACUCAGCGUCGCAAGCGAAGAAGGCAAGGUGCGACUAUACAAAGCGACUUAUGCCGGCAAGUGGGAGUGCAUGGGAACAUUCAGUGCAGAAGCGCCUCAAGAGGAUGGGAAUGACGAUGGAGCUGACGCCAUGAUCCAGGAAUGAGAUCGACCACAGGCGAAUUGUUGUAACUUGUAAUCGUCGUUUCAUCAGAAUAUCCACCUGUUCGUCGCGUGGUUGAUGACGAAACCGAGUUUCGGAUCCGAGAGCGAGAUCUGGAUCUCGACGUUCUCGACCUUGAUGAUGUUCUGCUUUCGUCGUUGUACAUCUUUCAUGGUAACAUUUCGUUCAAGC